AUGUCCCACGCAUUUGCGGGACCGCGUUCUAGACAGGUUCUGACUUGUUCAGCAGCUAAAUUUGAGCUCCACGUCUGUACGAACAAGACCUGCAAAAAGCAGGGAUCGAAGGAGGUGCUGACAUUCGCAAAAGACCUGGCUCUGGAGGACGUUCGGGUAGAGAGCACAGGAUGUCUAGGGGGUUGCGGCACCGGGCCAAACAUGGUAUUGCAGCCUGGGGAGGUGCCUCUCAGGCAUGUGAGCACGCCUGCCAAGAUGACAGAGGUCCUGCGCACGCUCUGCGGGAUGACAAUUCCAGAUGCAACUGAGCUGCGGCUCGCUGGGAAUGCAGAGGCCAGGGGAGGGGAUCUUAGAAGAGCUGUCGAGCUGUAUACACAGGGCAUAGGACUACGGCCCCCCAGUGGGCUCCACAUGCUGCUGUCCAACCGUUCGGGGGCGUUGCUGACUCUGGGUGACAAAUCUGGCGCCCUGGAUGACGCCAACGCUGCAGCUGAGCUGGCGCCACUCGGCUUCCACACAGCUUACGUGCGGCAGGUGGAAGCGUAUGCGGCGCUGGGGAGGUAUAAGGAAGCUGGGGAGGCCCUGGAGGCAGCUGCCAGGAAGGAUCCGUCCUUUGCCAAAACAAACGAGUUUAAAAGUUUAUCUAAACAGCUGACGGACUACAUCCAGCGAGCGGCAAAGUAG